AUGCGCCUAAAACAUUUGUCAAAUGGAUCUAUUGAAUUUGACGAAAAUCUCCAAGUUAUCAAUGAAUUUGCAGAUUCUUGGAAUGCCGAAAGAACUGCCUAUGUUAUGGAAUUAGCUUAUGCUAUGUAAGUAAAUAUCUUUAUUGAUUUUUUUAAAUUAUUUUUUCCUUCUAGCGCUAUUCCAAAUCCCGAAAAACUCAACAAACAUUAUGAAGUUUCAACUGACGAGGUAAGAUUUCUUGAAAAUAAUUCUAAUUUCUAGAGAAAAAUUUCAGACAUAUGGAGAGAUUCGACUUCAUCAAUUGGAAAAACUCUUGGAGCAUGUUAAACUCACAAAAUCCUCGAUUUUCCUAGAUAUUGGCUCAGGAGUCGGUCAAACAACCAUUUAUAUGGCUUUGAGGAAAAAGGUGAUUUCUUUUUUUGAGAUUGUAAGUUCAACAUAUUAUAAAAUUCAGUUCAAAAAAUGCUACGGAAUCGAAAUCUCAACUCUUCCCAUUAUUAUGUCAACAGUUCUCGAAGAAGUCACCAAAAGAGUUUUCAAACUUCUUGGAAUCAACACAAAUUUCUAUUCAUUGAAAGAGGGCGAUUGUAUGGAUCUUCAAUUUGUUCCAAUAAUUCGAGAAUGCGAUGUUAUUUUUAUCAAUGAUAUGAAAUUCACACCAGAACUCAGAGAGAAAAUCACUGAAAUGUUGGUUGCAAGAAUGAAAGAUGGUGCAACUGUUAUUACUAGUGGAGGAGCGUAAGUUUUUAAUUUUUUGAUUUCGUAUAAAAAUCAUGAGAUUUGUAGAUUGGGAUUGGAAAACAGAAGAAGAAUCAAUGUUCGAAACAUUAACAAUUUGAAAGCCUAUUUCGAAACUGUAAAAGUAAAAGGGGAAAUUGAUGGAGUUAGCUGGACUUCAAAGCCAGCAGAAUUCUGGAUCAACAAACUCAACAGAAAAAGAGUAAGUUUUCCAUCAUCAUUAUCUUCUUUUUUGAAGAAGUUACCCAUUUUUCAGGUUCAAGCAUUCAAGAGUCAUGGAAAUUAUUAA